GCCCCACCGAUUGAUGUGAAAAUUUUUAAUAAAUUUUACAAAUGUGUUAAUAAUGUGAGAAUAAAAGACAAAAUAUUUAAUAAAUACAUAACUGGGAGCGUGAUAAUUUAUACUUGUAAAUGAAAUUCCUAUUUGCACGAAACAGUGAAAAUUUUGCGAUGCACGUCUAUCGUUGAUCGCUAAAUAGCUUUCGAUUCGGUUUUCGCACGUCCUAUAAUAAACAAUCGAGAGUUUUUGUGUUAUUGCAAAACUCCAGAAGUGGAUACAUCGUUUGCAGUGUGGGGAAAAAAUAGUGUCAUAUUGUGUGGUGCAGUGCAGUGGUGUUAAUCGCUAUGUAUCAGUAAGGCGGCUGUCGCCAAUCCAGGGUCUCAGGGUGUCAUGUUGGAGACGCGGUCGGUGCGCGCCGCAGACUCGGUGUGGGCGAACAAGCCGCUGCCGGCGCCUCACGCCAUGGCCAACUCGAGGCAUGGAAAGAGUGCUCAGGACGAUGUCUGCUACGUGGUCGCGAAGUACGACUACGCGGCGCAGGGUGCGCAAGAGUUGGAUCUGCGGAAGAACGAGCGGUACCUGUUGCUCGACGACUCGAAGCACUGGUGGCGGGUGCAAAACGCACGCAGUCAGAGUGGCUACGUGCCGAGCAAUUAUGUUAAGAAGGAGAAACCGUCUCUGUUUGAUAGUAUCAAAAAGAAAGUGAAAAAGGGCUCGGGCUCCAAAACUCUGCCGUCCAGCGGCUCGCCCGUGCGCGGCGGCUGCGGUGGCGGGGCGGAGUCGCCAGGCGGUCGCCGAGUCGAACCCACCGAAGCCCUAGGCACGGCAGUUGUGAAGUACAACUAUCAAGCGCAGCAACCGGACGAGCUGUCACUCACGAAGGGGACGAGGAUAUUGAUCUUGGAGAAGAGUAACGAUGGAUGGUGGAGGGGACAGUACCAAGGACAUACUGGGUGGUUUCCAUCAAAUUACACGAGUGAAGAGGGCGAUGGCGAAGACACGGUUCAUACGUAUGCUAUGGCUGAAAAUGUUCUAGACAUUGUUCUCCCUACACAGGUGGCGCUGUACUCGUUCACGUCGAACAACGAGCAGGAGCUAUCGUUCGAGAAGGGCGAUCGGCUGGAGAUCAUCGAGCGGCCGCCGUCCGACCCGGAGUGGUACCGCGCGCGGGACAACCGCGGCCACGUGGGGCUCGUGCCCAGGAACUAUCUGCAGGAGCUCGCCGACUACCUCGCUCAGCCAUAUAGCGAAGCGAACGAGAGCGGUGGCCGCGUGGCAGUAGCGGGCGGUGCGGGCGGAGCGGGUGGCGCGUGCGGGGCGGGCGGGACGGUCGCGGGGCCCGCCGCGCGCGCCUGGUACUACGGGGCCAUCACGCGCACGCACUGCGACGCGCUGCUCAACCAGCACGGCCACGACGGAGACUUCCUCAUACGCGACUCGGAGACCAACGUGGGCGACUACUCCGUGUCCCUAAAAGCGCCCGGUCGCAACAAGCACUUCCGCGUGCACGUGGAAGGCAGCCUGUACUGCAUCGGGCAGCGCAAGUUCCCCACGCUCGAGCAGCUCGUGGCGCACUACCAGCGCGCGCCGAUAUACACCAACAAGCAGGGCGAGAAGCUCUACCUCGUGCGCCCGCUGCCGCGCGCUUCGCAGAACUGCUGAGAUCCCAUCACUGAUGUGGACGUUUCGGUGUACAUUGCCAGUAUAAUGUAUACGUUAGUAUGUACGCAACGGGCAGUGUACGCCGGAAUGCGCGCGGGCGGAGCGGCCGUGUGACGUCACGCGCUCGCCUGCCGCGGCGAACGGAUGAGCAGGUGACGUCACGCGGUUUUGAAAUUCGAACGCGUUGGAACACGUCCGCUCGCUUCGACGUUCGGAGGCGCACUGAGCUGAGCGGAUUCUGCGAUAGACCUCGUGUGUAGUCUACCCUCUAGUUUUAAAUUUGGAACGGCCACGUGACGUCACACGUUCGAUGCUGUCUAUGUGACGUCGUUUAUGUUGCACCGUUUUUACGUGUAUCUAGAUGAAAUAAACGUUUCUAUGUCGAAUAUUAGACUGCUUUAACGUGUAAUGCGUGCCCAAGGCGAGAAGAAAACUCAUAAAGUUUAGAACGCUCUGCGGGGACAUUUUCUCUUUUAUACAAGACACUAGUAAAAUAUAACAAU